AUGGCAGGCCUCAAGAAUGCCAUAUUUAUGUUUCUUCUCGCUGUAUGUUUUUCUUCGGUGAUAGCUGAAGUAAACAUAACGACGCCUCAAAGUCCAGUACCUAAUGGAUAUGAAAUGACAAUAACUUGGCAAAUUUCUGGUCAAUUAUCUACACAACCUGGAAAUCUAACAAUAGUAAAUUUAGUAACAGGCAAUGUUAAAGUUAUUGACAAUCGAUUAAAUGUUGCGUCGUUAAGUAAAGUGUGGAACGUUACAGUGGUUCCUGGAAGUUAUGUUCUUUCUAUCAAUGAUAGUGUGAAUAUAUCUUUUAGUGGUUCUUUCACUGUUUCUCAAGGGAUAUAUUAUCCUCCAACAAAUACACCUACUCCGCAGGUCUCUAAACCAACUGUGACUUUAAUUGUAUCUAGCCCAACUAAUAGUCAAGUACCUGCUACGAUUACAGUGGUUCCAACAUCGGAUAAAAAUUCAAGUCCAGUUAUUAUUAUUGCUGUAGUAGUUGGAAGUGUUGUAGGUGUUGUUAUAAUAAUUUGUGUCACAAUUUGGGUGUUUCUUAGAUAUUUUAAAAAUAAAAAAGAAGUCAUAGAAAUUGCAGGAUCUGAUGCUCGACGUUCGGAGAUAGAAGAAACGAUUAUGGGAACUAAAGAAUAUGGAAUGACUUAUUGA